AUAGUCAAAUUUGACCCGCAAAUUGUUUAGAGAUGAAGACAAGAAAAACCAAUGAGUGUGUAUCAUUUUGUUUUAGUCAUUGUCUUAGUAUAUUUAACAUUUUCUGAAUCCGAACUGAGGAGUAGCAAAACUGAUAUAGUUCAGACUUCAGACUUCCCAUUCCAAUUUCCAAGUUUUUCAAAGAAGGUGAGUGAUGAGCAUGGAGCAUUUGCCAGGAGAAUUGGUGUCCAACGUGCUCUCAAGGUUACCAUCGAAGGUGUUGCUUCUAUGCAAGUGCGUGUGCAAGUCCUGGUUCGAUCUCAUAACCGAUCCUCAUUUUGUUUCCAAUUACUAUGUUGUCUACAACAGUCUUCAAAGCCAAGAGGAGCAUCUCUUGGUAAUUCGAAGACCCUUUUUUUCUGGCCUCAAAACUUACAUUUCUGUUCUUUCUUGGAACACCAAUGACCCCAAAAAGCAUGUUUCUUCUGAUGUUCUAAACCCUCCCUAUGAAUACAACUCUGACCACAAAUACUGGACCGAAAUCUUGGGUCCUUGCAAUGGCAUAUACUUUUUAGAAGGCAAUCCUAAUGUCUUGAUGAACCCUUCAUUGGGUGAGUUCAAGGCUUUGCCUAAAUCCCAUUUCACUAGCCCACAUGGGACUUACACUUUCACUGAUUAUGCUGGCUUUGGCUUUGACCCCAAAACCAAUGACUACAAAGUUGUGGUGCUCAAAGACCUUUGGUUGAAGGAAACAGAUGAAAGAGAAAUUGGGUAUUGGAGUGCUGAGUUGUAUAGCCUCAAUUCAAACUCUUGGAGAAAACUUGAUCCCUCUCUUCUCCCUCUUCCAAUUGAAAUCUGGGGGUCUUCUCGGGUUUUCACUUAUGCCAACAAUUGCUGCCACUGGUGGGGCUUUGUGGAAGAUUCUGGUGCAACACAAGAUAUUGUUCUUGCAUUUGACAUGGUCAAAGAAUCGUUUAGGAAGAUAAGGGUACCAAAAGUUCGUGAUUCUUCUGAUGAAAAGUUUGCAACUUUGGUACCCUUUGAAGAAUCUGCUUCAAUUGGGGUCCUUGUUUACCCUGUGAGGGGAGCAGAGAAAAGCUUUGAUGUGUGGGUGAUGAAGGAUUAUUGGGACGAAGGGUCUUGGGUGAAGCAAUAUAGUGUUGGACCAGUGCAAGUGAAUCACAGGAUCGUGGGGUUUUAUGGGACUAAUCGGUUUCUUUGGAAAGACAGCAACGAAAGAUUGGUGCUUUAUGAUUCGGAGAAAACAAGGGAUCUUCAGGUUUAUGGGAAGUUUGAUUCUAUAAGGGCCGCUAGGUACACAGAAAGUCUUGUUUCACUUCAUAGAGGAAAUGAGUUUAGUCAUAAGUGUUUUUCGUGUAGUUUGGUUCCAGACCCUCUGCUACAUGAUAGUGAGUAUCUUUUUUCAUUUUAAUUCCUGUAUCUCUGCUGAAACUUGAUUUUAGUCUUUAAACUUUAAUUUUGAUUAAUUUGAUUCUUAAAUUAAAAAAAAAAAUAGUUUUUGUCCUUCCUUAAGGUGAAAAUGGUCUCUGUGAAGGACCAAAACUACUACUUUUUUUUUUAGUUUAAGAACCAAAUUAAUCAAAAUUAAGUAUAGAGAGUCUUAAAUUAAGCUGGUUUUAGUCUGAGACUAUGCUUUUGGUCUGCUUUGUAGCUUGUAGAUCAGCCUUGCUAGUUAGUUGUCACAGAUUGCUGUAAUUGGCUGGUUACAUAAUUCGAUAAAUGUCAUUUUUGUUUGUUUUGAACGUUAUACUUUGGA